AUGACACUGUACUGCAAGAAGCGUAACGUCGAUACAAAAAAGGAUAGUGGAUGGAUAGUGGUGUUAGAGAAAAUUCUAAAGUUUGACUUACCUCAAGAACACCUCUUCAAUGUGUUCUUUGCGUUCACAACUAAAUACAUUCCGAAAGAAACAAAAGAAAACGCUCAAAUUUAUGAUCUGUUUCGACUUCUGCUACAGUAUCAUGACCCUGUCGUGAGUUCUCACUUGGAUUCCUUGAAAUGUACACCAUAUUCAUAUGCAAAUCAGUGGUUUUCCACUGUUCUAGCAUCUAGUGUUGAUGAUGGUGUGUGCAAAAUUUUAUGGGAACUCUACAUAGAGAAGGGUGAUCCUUUUCUAAUCUUCUACAUGGCCUUGGUUUUGAUCAUUAACAGUAGAGAUGAAUUACUUGGAAUUGGGUUUAACCGGCGCGAAGAGGCGCACAAAGUACUGGCUUUAUUACCAAAUCAACUAACUAUCGAUGACGUCCCGGAUUUUGUACAGUUGGCUGCAUAUUACGCGGACCGCACUCCUCAGUGCGUUCGUGAGACCUCAACCAUAACCUACUUUGUGAUUGACUGUCGUUCAAAUGAGGCUUACAAUAGUGGGCACAUCUACGGUUCCUUCAAUCUGGAUUGCAAACUGCUUGUGGACGCACCAAGUCAGUUCGAAAUGGCUUUAUCCUGCCUAGAGUCGUACAAACACGAGCAGAAGUUCGACGAACACAUAUGUUUCUUUGGAUACGGUGAUGAAGAUCAGGAUCAGUUCAUGAAUAUGGUAAUUGCUCGAUUUCUUCGCGAUGGCAAAAGUCAUGUUACUUUUGCUCAGGGUGGUUAUAGAGAGUCGAAUCGCUUACGGCUGAUUAACUCUCACGACGAAUCUAAGUGUCGAGAAUGUGCAAAUGCUUCUAUGGCUAAGAGUUGGAAGUUGGUGGGAAAAAUGAAAGAAGUAGUAAUUUCCAAGUCAGCCGCUGUAAAAGAUAAGGUUAGCGAGUUGGUGACGCAAGCAGCUCCAGGAAAUGCGCCCAGCAGUGAAGUCAAACAUGUAUUGUCAUCAGAUCGCUAUGGGAAAAGAUAUCGUAACGAGCCGUCUGUAUUCUCAAUCGAUGAUGAUUCGAGUGACGAAAGCGGUGGCACACCCUUCAACAAGUCCGGAGGAAAAGAAGAGCUUCUUCUCGCUGAGCAAGCUGAAUUCAUUGAACAUUUUCAAUGUCAUGAAUUAGCGGAUAACAAAAUGAUGAUUCCAUCUCAUAUUGCCAUCACACGAACUCAUAUGCAUGUUUUACGAGAUGUGGAUGGAAAGGCAGGUUAUGUUACCACUGAAGCUCGGCAUGCUCUCUCGUCGAUACUUCGUGUCACCAGCAAGAAGAAAGUCCCCGAACUUCUGACCUUCAAGUUUGGCUACGAAAUAAGUGGGGUUUCGAAGAUCACUGCAGUACAUAGAUUCCUUGUUCCAAAAGCUGGUGAAUGUGCAAAAGCAGUGAAGACGGCCAUUUUUGCUCUCCGUCCGUUAUCUGACUCUGAGUCAACAGAAAUCAGCUUUCCCACAAAGAUGCAAGUAAACACAGAAGAUAUCACUGUUAAUUGGGGACAACAACCCCAUCCACUCGACCGAACGUAUGGAAAAUGGCGUAUCGCGGUGUUUCAAGAUGUGCAGGAAUCAAUAGAUAUGAGCAAGCUCUACUUCCUUUAUGAUCCAAUGGCCGACGAGGGAAGUGGAACCAGUGGUACUCGUAAAGGAUAUCCUGGUUUGGUAAUUUUUGACGUGAAUUUCAAAUGCUUUGCCGGCGAAAUUCCACUGCAUGCUCAAGGAACAAUGAAAUUCCUUUUUGCACUGAAAUGCCCAUCACCUCAAGGUGGGUCUGCCUUUGUGCUGGUGACUGAGGAGCAGAUCUACGGACAAAUACGUCUUCAUGUGUUCCGCCUCGAUCUUGCGGGAGAUGGCCUUUCAGUGUCAAACUGUCGCCCUCUGCUCGAUAAUCCGCUUUCGAUUGGCGGGGAGUAUAUCUGCUCAAUGCGCGAGGAUGCUCCAGAAAUUGUUGUCAUGGCCAACCCAGGACUCCAGGUAUGGCGCAUCAACGCCAUGGCCGAUGCACCGCAGCCUCCAACUGCCAACUUCACAGUACAGGGUGCUGAUCUCACUCAUUUUUAUGAUGGAUUUCUCAGUAAUGGGUCUGUACAUUUGCUGUCGUCUUCACCGGAUGGCCACUUGGAUCACUCCCGUGUUCAUGUGUUGAAUUUGAACAAGCCUGACAUUAUUACAACUCAUCAAUGCACUCCUGACCCUCAGCGUGGAAUGCCAAUGCCAAGGAAGAAUUGUGGUAUCGACGGCGUAGCCAAUGCUAUUCUGUUGGCUGGUGGAGAAAUCGAUCACGGCAGUCAUAAUGUUCAACGUCUUGUCGAUUAUUGGAUGUUGGACACAAGAACAUUCCAGUGGCUGCAGAUUCCAUCCCAGAUGCCAGCGCCUCUCAUUGAGCCAAGGCUCACAGCAUGCAACUCAGGAAACAUCUACCUGUGGGGCGAUUUCGAUCAGCCGUUGCCAGGAAUGCCGGCUGGUGGCACUCAUCUGCGUAUAAUGAAGGUGUCGGGUAUGGAUAAAGCCGGUCAUCCGCCGUCAUACACUCAGACAGUUUCGCAACCACCGGCCUAUCCUUCACUGCAGCCGUCUCCAUACCCUCAACCUGGAUCUGCUGCACCUCCGUAUCCUGCGUACAAUCCCGCGCAAACGAAUCCAGGCUAUGGUAUGCCGUCACCGCAGAAUCCAGUUCAACCAAAUCCGGGAUACGGUAUGCCACCUGCUCAGAGUCAGCAGUACGGCGGAGAUGGUGGAUAUGGUGGAGGUUAUGGUGACCAAGGGCCAGCAGCUUCCGGUUUUCAGCAAGUGCCAGCGGGACCAAAUCAGACUGCAUAUUAUCCACCUCAAAAGUCCAAGAAGGAUUGUUCUCUUCAGUAA